AUGGCCAAACACAGAAUGAGCCUACUGGCUGCCAUAGUGGCUGCAGUGAUUUUCUUCAUCAUUACAAUGGUUUUCACGGCCCUGGCAGCAUCAGGAUAUUCGACUGGUAACAUCUCAGACAAGUAUGUGACUGAGAUCACACCUGCAGGGUGGACCUUUGCCAUUUGGGGGAUCAUCUACUGCUUUCUGGCCACGCUGUUGGUCUAUGUCUUCAUUGGCGUCUUUAGGAAGAACGCAUACGGCUACAUCUACUGUAGCCCUGCAGUUUUGCCACAUGGCUUCUUCGUGUGUUGGUGCUUGAAUCUGACCCUGAAUGUUGCAUGGUUGUUACUUUGGGACAGAAGUCUGAUGAUAGCUGCUCUGGUUUUCCUCAUCCUCAUCGUCUUGACCAACUACGCCAUGAUUUUCUUCUCGUGCCACGGCCUUCAAAGCUACGGAGCCUGGCUCAACAAAUACCACAGAGUAGAUCUGUGGCUGCACCGUGUGCUGAUCCAGAAUGGGGUUGCCAUAUAUGCGACAUGGACCACCAUUGCAUCCCUUGUUAACUUGACCAUUGUACUGGUUGAUAAUGCAAAGAUGUCCAACCCAGACGCUGCCCUUGUUAGUCUCUGUGUUUUGACCGUGGUGCUGUUGGUGUGGUUCGUCCUGGAAAACACUGUGCUGGACAAACACGUGAGGUACAUUCUGUCCAUUUACCCCUCUGUGAUCUGGGCUAUCACGGGGGUGUUCAGCAAAAACUACGUGGCUCAACUUCCUUCUCGCAGCAACAAGUUUGUCGUUUCCCUCUUGGCCAUUGCCUGUGUGAUGUGUGCUGUGCGCCUGGCUUUGGUCAUCUGGAGGCACAUCAAAAAGCCAUAUUACAACGACGUCGAUCCAGACGACAUGACCCCGAUAGAGAUUGCCCAGAAGCAGAAAAAGAUCUUCAAGUGAAAAUGAUGAA